GGACAGCGGCCCUGCCCCUCCCGGCCCGGGGCCGGGGACCGUGCGAGGCGGGAGCUUCGGGAGCCGGCGCACGGGACUCGAACCCCAAGGACUCCCGCCGCCAGGUCCACGUGGACCCUGGGCCGCAGUGGAACUGGAGCCCGCCCCCCGCGCUUGGGGGAGGGGGCGCUGCAGCCGGGUUCCCCUUUUUCUGGAGCUCAAAGCCUGGGGAAGUGAUUGCUUAAAGGUGGGGGCCGGAAGAACCCAGGUUUCCGCGUCUCCCUCCCCCCCGCCAGCCCGGUGAGGAGGGGCCGGGGCGGGACACCCUGUCCGCCCCUGCCCCCACCCCGCUGGAUCUGGCAGCCACUCAGCCCUUCGAGCUGUAGGGGAGGCGCUGCGCCCCCGGCCCCAGCCGAUCGGGGGCUCCUGGCGCUAGCCUCCCUCCAGAGCACCGCAGGAGUCCCUCCUGCCGUCUGACUUGAGUCCCUGCUGCUGCAGUGCACGCCCCUUCGGCAGCCAGGGUGGGGCCCAGACCCAACCUGGCCCCUCCUGCCCCUACCCCGCCUUUGGGUCGCUGGUCUAACCUGCUGCCCCUGGCUGAGAACCCUGGGACGCGCAGACAGACCUGGACUCUUGGUGGGAGCUGCUCUGCCCACUCCCCAGCCUAGACGCCCCAGAAGCAAGUCUGGCCAUCACCCGCACGCACAGUUGGUAGCCCCAGACUCUCGGGGCCCCUUUGGGAGGGGCUGGGAGCCGGAAACCGAGAAAGAGGAACCCAGGCUUCCGGCUUCCCAGGGAGUGAGCGGAUGGGGGUGUCUCGGAACCUCCUGUGGGGGCCUCAUCUGGGGCCCAGCCUGGGAGGAGGAGCCGGAAGCUGCUGCAGCCCCCUCCUCAAUGACCCUGGACCCCCUCCCAGCCCUGCUACCCCCAGGCUGUGGUGAGGGUCUGAGAGCUGGCACCACGGAGCCUGGGCAACCUCCUCCGCCCACCCAUGCCCACCCCGCAUGAGGCUGAGAAGCAGAACACAGGGCCAGAGGAGGCGGACCGGCCCCCUUCAAUGUCCAGUCAUGAUGCAGCCCCUCCAGCGGCCCCCAGCCGUAACCCCUGCUGCCUAUGCUGGUGCUGCUGCUGUAGCUGCUCCUGGAACCAAGAGCGGCGGCGCGCAUGGCAGGCCUCCCGGGAGAGCAAGCUGCAGCCCCUCCCCAGCUGUGAAGUAUGUGCCACACCAAGUCCUGAGGAGGUGCAGAGCUGGGCCCAGUCUUUUGACAAGCUGAUGCACAGCCCGGCGGGACGCAGCGUGUUCCGGGCAUUCCUGCGGACAGAGUACAGCGAGGAGAACAUGCUCUUCUGGCUGGCCUGUGAGGAGCUGAAGGCCGAGGCCAACCAGCACGUGGUGGACGAGAAGGCGAGGCUCAUCUACGAAGACUACGUGUCCAUCCUGUCCCCCAAGGAGGUGAGCCUGGACUCCCGUGUGCGGGAGGGCAUCAACAAGAAGAUGCAGGAGCCGUCCGCACACACGUUUGACGACGCACAGCUGCAGAUCUACACGCUCAUGCACCGGGACUCCUACCCACGCUUCCUCAGCUCUCCCACCUACCGUGCCCUGCUGCUGCAGGGGCCGUCACAGUCCUCCUCCGAGGCCUAGGCCGCCCCCAGCAGCACAGACCCCACCGCCUCCUGUGGCCGACUCUGGGUUCCCUUCAGGUGUUGGCUGUCGGGGCACACGCCUGCGGGCCCAGCCUGGCCGGCUGGGGUCCCCACCCGUGGAGACGGUCCUAGACCCAGUGGGGAGUGCUGUGCCUCCUGGCUCUGCCCACCCGUGGCCAAGCAGGAACUCCAGGUGCAGGGCGGGCCAGAAGCCCCCUCAUCGGCCCGCAGCUGGCUGGCCCAGUGCUCCUGGUGGGGGCUCUUGCAUGGUGAGAGUAGGGACCCCCCCAGGAGCCAUGCUGGACCCAGGAGCCUCGUUGGGGCCUCUUCCCCAGGCAGCUGACGGGCCCCGGACAAGCCUUGGUGGGGGGCAGAACCUCUGCAUCAUGUAGUUCUAUGACAUAAGGAGACCUCCUACUUGAGCUGUCUGUACCCCAGAAUCAAACCCAGAACCUCAGAACCAGAUGUAGGACCUCAGAAUCCUGCACUCAAGGUGGCAGGACCCAAUUUCUGUUUUAUAUGUUCAUGAACUUUAAACCUGGAAACAUGUCCUUACUAGGUGUUUUAUCAAAAAAAAGUUUUCAUAUUUAUCUCUAUCCCUAACCCCCCCAAAAAUAGGAUGUCUUAUUAUUGAAGAUAUUUUUAAAGCAAAA